AUGCGGACCAUAUCGUGGGAAGACCACGACUUUUAUGCGUCACGCGAGAGUUUAGCAGACAUUGACUCUCGUCUAGAGGGCUACACUUCUAUUGUAUUUCCAGAGCUUGCCGAUACUCUAAAUGACGACGCUAUCAACUUCGUCGCCCAUAUUCUCGCCUAUGACAUACACAUGCUUACCUUAGCUAACGAAGAUGCUCACCCUACAGGAACUUUUCAUGGGAGAAAUGGCGCAAAUGUUGUUGGGGUGGCAGUUCUCAGGCAUUUUUGUGACCGGGACGGGCACCUUUUCGACGAAGCCACCGCGAUACGCUUAUCGAAGGUACAAGCCCGCCUACUUCGCCGGCUCUGUCAAGUUGCGAACCCGGAGCACACACAUGACCUGCAGCGAGCUAUUCUCGAUGAUGUCAAAAAAUGGGAAGAUACAAAAGCCAUGGACAACACCGAAGUUGCACUCGAAAAUCGACUCACAGAUACUGUUAUCAUGUGCGAGCUGUCCUCCCUCAGUCUCCAUAACGAGUCGGAUCAUCGGGUCUAG